GCACUUGGAACUUUUGUCGCAUGAUACUUCAUAUCUCGGGACAAUAUGUUUCAACAGGAUUUUGACACCACUUUAGCGCGAAUAAGGAGAAAAUUUGCCGAUACUUUUGUUUCCAUGAUCUGUGCAUUUUUCGUGUACAUCUGGAGUGGCAUUAUGCAAAUGGUUAUUAAUAAUUGCUAUUAUUACAAUGGUCCUAUAUGCACAGUGGCACAAUUAUACGCUGCACUUAACAACGAAUCGUAAAAUUGUUUUCUUCUUUGGAUGUAAAUUUAAAUUUUUUUGUUACAGUUAUUUUAUGAAUUUUGACUCUUUGUUGUGAUUGUAUUCCGAGUACACAUAUUACUGCAAUAUCAUGGGAAAUACGGGAAUACAUAGAAAUCAUGGGAAUUUGUUAUCGUUUGGACAAAGUCGGCACCGUUUAUGUUGGAUAUAUUUUGAAUUUUUUUGUAUUGCCUUUUUAUUAAUGAUAAGUGCACCUCGGAUAUAUGCCCAAGAUACGGUUACCGAAAGCGACCUCCCGACGACCUUUGCCGAAUCUACUAUUGAAGCAUCAGAAUCAGAAAUAGUUUUGCAGCAGAGACAAGCAGCAAUUAACGCCAGCGAUAGCAAAAUACCUAUAGCAACCACGAAAGCGGGGUCAAUCGAGAUCGUUGUUAACAACACCGCUCCUCCCGGUGCGGCUGGCACAACCUCCCCUGCCAGUACCAGCGGCACUUCUGCAACGACAGUCUCCGGAGUUACCACGGGUUCCGCCGGUACUACCGUAUCCGGAGUCACCACCACCGUUGCGACCACCGCCUCCGGUGCAUCUGGAAUUACUACGGCGUCUGGCGUCACAACUACCGCCACCACUGUUUCCGGCGCAGCUGGAGUAACCACCGCAUCUAGCGCUACCACUGUUUCCGGUCCUACCACCAGCGGGACUGCUACCACUGCAUCGGGUGCGACCACCGUAUCCGGAGUGACCUCAAGUACGACAGCCGGUGGGUUGUCUGCAUCGGUUAGUACCACUGCUGCGGGUGCUGCAACCACCUCGGGGGCGGGGGCAACUACCGUUGCUUCCGUUGCAACGCCCACUGCCGGCGCUGGAGUUACCGCUAUUGCUGGAGGGGUCACCACAGUUUCUGGGGCCACUGUAUUGCCAAAUGGCAUUACUGCCUGGCGACCUAGCGCUGCUAGUUCAGCUUCCAGCGUUGCUACCAGCGGAGGUACAACUAUAGGCAGCGUGACCGGCGCUACCACCGCACCAGGAGCAGCCGUUACCAGUAGUAACGCCGUGACUGCCGGCACAACGUCGGGCAGUAGCGGAAUAAACUCAGUGACGACCGCACCUACAACCCGCCCGGGAAACGUUGGGAUUUCUGGAGGGUCACCAACGACUGCUCCCGGUGUACCGGCAUUUACCACCGUAGCCACAACUACAAGACCGACAGUUCCAGGUGGUAACCCUAAUCAGCUUCCCACAACGGCGUCACCUUUGAACACCAAUCUAUCGAGCCAGUCUCCACAAGGGACAACCCAGAGAUUCACUUUACCGCCAACAGGAAUCCAAUCGACGAAUCCGGUAGCGGCGGGACAGCAGAACAAUCAACCAUCAUCCGGCAUGCAGUUCCAGCCAACAAAUACCAUGCCCACCAAUCAACUUCCGACCGGAGCACAGACGACUAAUCCGCCGUCUGGAAAUCAGCCAGGUGUAACAGGAAGUCCAGGGAAUAACCAAAUUCCGGCUGGAUCAGCCAAUCAAGUUCCAGGGAAUCAGCCAAAUGUGCCCUUUAACAAUAAUCCCAUCACCACUAUGCCGACCAACCAAUUUCCUUCGGGAACGCAGCCCAAUAACCAACCGUUCUCUGGAAACCAGCCAGGUAACAGCGCUUCUACCGGAAGUCCAGGGAAUAAUCAGGUCCCGACGGGAACCAAUCAGAAUGCGGGAAACCAACCGAACGUGCCCUUUAAUAACAAUUCACCGAAUACGUUUCCGAACAAUCAGGUUCCAUCACAGAACAAUAACCAGGUUCCAUCCGGAAAUGUACCGGUCAACACGGUGCCGGCCAACCAGACGCCAGGAGGUACACAGCCUAAUAACAAUUUCCCAACCAAUCAGAAUCCAAACGGAAACCAACCCAACCAGUUUCCAUCCGGUCAGCCAUCUAAUAAUAAUCUUCCAGGCAACCAGUUUCCAUCCCAAGACACAGUUUAACAAUAAUUUUCC